AUGGCAGCAGCAGUUGCAGCAACAGCCCGCUACAAGCUAGUGUUCUUCACGCCACCGGCCGCACUGACACAGUGCAAAACUGCUGUUUUCGCCGCGGGCGCGGGGCGCUUCCCAGGUCCUGGCAACUACACCGAGUGCUGUUGGACCGUCAUGGGUACCGGUCAGUUCCGGCCGGGCGAUACGGCGAACCCUAACAUUGGCAGCGUGGGUCAGCUGGAACAGAUCGAGGAGGCGCGGGUCGAGGUGCUCUGCGUCGGCGAGAGUGUUGCAAGAAAGGCCGUGGAAGAGUUGAAGAAAGCCCAUCCGUUUGAGGAGCCAGCUUAUGAGGUGUACAAGAUGGAGGAUUUUUGA